AUGGAAAAAAAGAUACGAUUAUUUCACAAUUCAUUUUCACAAGAAAAACUCACCUUGAUUCAUUCAUGCUCCAACUUCUGCAAAAUCAUACUAAAAGCUCACAUAAAUUUCUCUUCUCUCCUCAUGUUCUACUUCAUCUCCAUCAUUCCUCAACUGGCAGAAAAAAUCAUAAAUUCUCUCUUUCUUCUCCUCUCAUCAACUUCAUUCUUCAUUCUGCAAGAGAGUCACCAAACACAGAAAAUUCUCUCUGUCCAUCUUCAUCUUCAACCUGCAACACCAGCACGGAAAACUCACCAAUCUUCCUCGAUUUUCUUUAUUGUCAACAUAACAAAAUCUCACUGCUUCAAGAACGAACAACAACACCACUUCAACUUUCAUCGUUCUUCAAUUUGCAUCAACAAUAACAUCAUCUUCAAUUUCUAA